CCAACUUUUAAUUAUAAAUUAAGAGCCCUGACCUCUACUGCAAUUCACAAUAUAUAUCUUUCAUGUUUCUUCUAAGCUCUUCGAAACUACACAUUUGAAAGGUGAAUCCGUUUAUGGAAGGUCUGCUCAAUCAAGUGAGGUUGAGAUUUAGUGGGAAAGAAGAGUUUGGCAGCACAAGGGACCGAAGGACGUCAUCCUUCAGAGGAGGGAGGAAACCUCAAAAGUGGCCGAGGAGACAACUACCGCGCCAAAUGAGUUUCAAAGAGCCGACUGAGGAAGCUGAGUAUGCUGCAGCAGUUGCAGCUGCUGCCUUCGCCAUUACUUCGCUAGAAUCAGACAACACGGAUCAAAGAACACCGGAUGUAGGACUACAAUUCAGUUUACCAAGAAUCAUAAGUGGAAUUGUUGACAGAAUUGCUGCAGCAGCAGAACCUGGUGAAGCAUUAAAAAGAAACUCAGAUGAAUAUUAUCAUGCCGAGGAAAAAGAGAUGAUACCGGAGAAAACUAUACAUCCAGUACCAUCAAUCAGAAGAAUUCCAACUAUGCCAAAGAAGAGACUGACCUUUGCUGAUGAGCAGCAAGAUGAUACCAGUAUGCCCUACAAUUUCGUUGAAAUGACUCCAAAUUUUGAUGAAGAAGAGCCAGAAGAUGCCAAAAAAAUGAAACCAGUCAUUCCCUUCACUACAAAGAGUCCAUCUGUGAAAAGGACUCCGACUUUUGGUGAAGGAAGGAGUCCAUCUGUGAGAAGGACUUCAACUUUUGGCGAAGAACAGUUGCAAAAUUCCAAAACCAGAAAACAAGAAAGUUCAGCACCAGGAAUCUUUCCACCAUCCCCAAUCCGCCACCCACCAUCAGUUCCACCACUUAUACAGCCCACUGCUCCGCCAAAACGGGCACAAGAAACCCGGCGUGGCAGGACAGAUACAGAUACAGAUGCGGAUGCGGAUGCGUGGGAGAUAGAUGAAAUGGCUAAAAUUAAACAAAGGUAUGAGAAACUAAAUGCAACAAUUCUAGAAUGGGAAGAGAAGAAGAAGAAGAAAGCCAGACGCAAAUUGGAGACAAAAGAGGUUCGCUUUAAAUCUAAGCAAGACUCCAGUUGCUAUAAAAUUAGGAAAGGUUUUUUAACGAAGAUCUGCUUACAAGAAUCGCAGAGUAAUCAGGGAAAAAGGAAGGCCAAAGCAUUGCAGAAUUAUCAAAUCGAGAUGGAACGUAUAAAACAAAUAGCUGACGGAGCAAGAGCACAGGCAAAAGAAAAAAGGCGGAAUGAAGAGCUCAAGGUGAUGGACAAGGCUAACAAAUACCGAGCAACAGGAGAACCUCCUCUGCCUCCAAUGUGCCUUUGUUUGUAAAGGAAACAGAUCAAUAUGGCAUUUUAGCAAGUUUCCACAGCACAGAGGAAAUGAACAGACUUUCCACAUUACUUUCUAUCACAUUUUCCAUCAAAGAUGUCUGCAAAAAGACGAUCAAGGGGAAACUAUAACAUAUUUAUCUGUAAAUAGGUAACAAGCAAGUCAUAUGUACAAUACAGUUUGAACAAAGAAUGAGGUGUGAAAAUUUAUUGGUAUUACAACUUUACAAGUUAA